AUGCCAGAUCUACAAAAUUUUGAUUUCGUUGGUUCAAUCUCGGAGGUGAUGUUAGCAAAAUUUCUUAUGGAAAAUGACCUUAUUAUGACGUAUCAUUCCUUGCCCACAUUUGGAAUCCGCCCAAUCCUUGCAGAGCUACAACAGGAGAAUCUACUAACCACUCAUAGGGCCACUAUUGAGAUGCUCACUACCACAAAUGUGAAAUUCAUUGGAGAAUCCUCCAAGGCCAUCCAUGAUUCUGAAAACAGGAUUUCUGAAGCAACCAGACAAUUCGAAAAUCCACAUCACGAGGAUGAAAAGGAAGCUGUCUCAAAGCUCCGGGCAAACAUCAAACUUAAUAAUGUUGAUCUUAAUUCAUCCAUCACUGCUCAAAUCGACAAAUUGCAAAAGGAUCUAGCAAUUGAGAAUAAGAUAAUGGAUGAAUUAGUUGAGAAAACUCAGAAAACUAAGGUUCUCACUAAGAAGCUGAAGAAUGCUACCCAGGACAUUACCCAACUUGAAGAAGAGAGAUCUUUAGUAAAAGGGUGCAUUUCUGAAAUCAACCAAUACUUGAUGCGGAUCGCUGAAACACGCGAUUCCUCGUUCACUCUCUCUAUUCAACAGAAUCUCUCAGAAAAGCUACAACCUGUUUUAGCCAUGCUAAAUCAGAUACAAAGUGUUUUGGUAAGCAGGGAUUCUACGAAACAAGGGGGAGACGAGGAAGAAAAGAGAAAGACUGAGACUGAUCGGAAGGAUAACAGAGCUUCCGGAUCAGGAAAAGACAAAGGAAAAGGAAAUUUCAAAGAUGACAACGAAGAAAAUACGAUGAUAUCUGAAUCGGAAAGGAUUUCCAUAGAGAAAUGA